AUGGCGGAGCUAUUUGAGUCCUACGCAUCGGACUUCGCGCAGCUGCGAAAGUCGAUUGAGAGCCGCCUGGCUAUCGACUUCUCGAGUGUCUCGAGCGAGACGCGGCGCUCGGCCUUACGUCAUGCUGAUGCUGAGGCAGAAGAGGCCGGCGAGCUUGUGUCGCAGAUGGAAAUCGAGGUCCAGGCUUUCCCCAGCAGCGUGCGUGACCGGUAUACCGACGAGCUACGUGCUCUCAAGUCAAGUCUUGAAAAGCUACAACGGGAUAUCCGUGCGAAGCAGCGCCCCGCCUCAGGCCUCGGCGCCAGUGGCCUCCCGUUGGACGAAUACCGCGACAACGACCCGGAAAUGGGCGUCGAUGACGCGCAGCGUCAGCGCCUGCUGAAGGGCUCUGACAUUCUCGAGCGUGGAACGCAGCGCCUGGCUGAGUCCACGCGCCUGGCACUCGAUACUGAGGAUGUCGGCGCAAAUAUCCUACAGGAUCUGCGGCGCCAGCGCGAGCAGAUUGAGCAUAGUCGCGAUACGUGGCUGAUGUUCCAGCUCCAUGGGGCCGACGCGCAUAUCGACCGCUCUACGCGCACCCUUCGACAAAUGAUUCGCCGGUACGUUUCCUAUCGGCCACUGACAUGCAGGGCUCAACAGCAGAAGCUGGUGACAACAGGUAUCAUCGUCGUGCUGGUCCUGCUUAUCUUGCUCAUCCUCUACUCCAAGCUGUUUUAG